GGCGACGGCGUGUGUAUGGAGGCCUCGGCCCCCGGCCGGGCGCGGCGGGGCUGGCGGCGGGCCCGGGCGGCGGGCUCCCCGCUCUCCCGGGGCGCCGUCCUCCUCCUUCUCGCCGCCUGCCUUGUGCGGGCGCCCCCGGCAGUUGGAUAUUUGGUUCGAGUACCAAGAGGUUUUCGCUUGUCCCAAGAUGCAGUGAAAAUAGUGGGAUCACCAAAUUUUCCAGUGAAAGUAUAUGUUAUGCUCCAUCAAAAGAGUCCACAUGUGUUAUGUGUAACCCAACGAUUGCGAAAUUCUGAGCUGAUAGACCCAUCAUUCCAAUGGCAUGGGCCAAGAGGAAAAAUUAUUUCAGAAAACAGCACUGCACAAGUAACAUCCACAGGAAGCCUUGUAUUCCAGAACUUCGAGGAGAGCAUGAGUGGAGUUUAUACAUGUUUCCUUGAGUAUAAGCCUACUGUGGAAGAAAUUGUUAAAAAUAUUCAACUAAAAUAUGUUAUAUAUGCUUAUCGUGAACCUCAUUAUUAUUACCAGUUCACAGCUCGAUAUCAUGCAGCUCCCUGCAAUAGUAUCUAUAAUAUUUCUUUUGAGAAGAAACUUCUUCAGAUUUUAAGUAAAUUGGUUCUUGACCUUUCCUGUGAAAUUGCAUUACUUAAAUCUGAAUGCCAUCGUGUUAAAAUGCAAAGAGCCGGUUUGCAAAAUGAAUUGUUCUUUACAUUUUCAGUUUCAUCUCUAGAUGCUGAAAAAGGGCCCAAGCCUUGUUUAGAUCAUAGCUGUGAAGCCUCCAAAAGACUGUCUAAGGCUAAAAAUCUCAUAGAGAGAUUUUUUAAUCAACAAGUAGAAGUGCUUGGCAGACGUGCAGAACCACUGCCUGAAAUAUACUAUAUUGAAGGUACUCUCCAAAUGGUAUGGAUUAAUCGCUGCUUUCCAGGGUAUGGAAUGAAUGUCCUGAAACACCCAAGAUGUCCUGAGUGCUGCGUGAUCUGCAGCCCUGGAUCUUACAACCCCCGUGAUGGAAUUCACUGCCUUCAGUGCAAUAACAGCCUGGUAUAUGGAGCAAAAGCAUGCAUUUAGGCCAUCAUCUUGACUUAC